UUGAGCUAAAGACAUUUAUUGGUACUCGAAAACCGUGUAGUGAAGCGCAUUUUUAGGGGAAAACAUUUUACAGAAGAAACAAAGUGCUGUUUAGCGUCAAAGUGACACACAGACACGGAAAGAUCGAGAUAAGAGGCGGAAGGGGAAUUCAAGGCAGCUAUGAGUAUCAGUGUUGGUGGCUAUCACGGAGGGUUCGCGCAUCCGACCUCCAUGGGGAUCACUUCCGGUCAGGACUACUUCACGGCGGCCCACUACCCCUCAACUUCUGUGUAUCCGGAAUACCCCUUUACGGACAGAGAUUAUUUUAAUAAUUGGGUGUUAAAUGGAACCACAGACAUUCCCAUGUCACCGGAACCCUACGGAGCGGCCUGUGGAACGCCGUCACCGCCAAUGAUGGGAGUCGUGCAUCACGGUUACGCAGACGGCAUGCAUCAGACGUUUGCCGGUUGGUCGGACUUUCCCAUGAACACGGCGGAACUUGCGCUGGCACACAACAUUCCAAUUUCGGAGAUCGGGAACUAUGAGUCCUACACAAACGCGUUCGGAGACCGAUGUCUGAGGCGGCGGACGUCCGCAAACCGCAAAGAGCGCCGACGGACGCUCAGUAUUAACAAUGCGUUUUCAAAUCUUCGCUGCUCUAUUCCAAACGUGCCUUCUGACACUAAGCUUUCAAAGAUCAAAACGUUGCGCCUUGCAAUCAGUUACAUUUCAUACCUGACGGAGAUUUUGGAGAAGGGAGAUUCGAACAUGGUACCCAACAGUUUCAAAGCUGACAUCUCCAGGAAGAGGGAGCGAAGAUCACUUCCGGUUGAAGAUGAAAAGAAAAUAGCGGACUCCUGUGAAUCAGACGACUCCUCCGAGAGCAGCACAAGUCACAGUUCAUCGUCUGAGCCUAAAGUCAAAGGUCGCACGGGAUGGCCGGAAGCGGUUUGGGCGUCUGAGCUCCGCGGUAACUCCCCUCCCGAGAAACCGGAAGCGUCGUCAUUGUCGUGAU